AUGAGUGAACAAGAACGUUUCUUCCGUUAUUUCCAGACCGAAGUUGCUGCACUACAGGAGCAAAUGCAAGUCAUUCAAGACCACGGCACUUCUGGUGGUGAACGAGCAGAUGCAAUUGAUCACUGUCUAGCCGGCAUUUCAAAGCUCUCUAAUGAUGUGAAAGACAUAUCUGGAUCUCUUCCGGCACACGAUCAAAGAACAUAUAGCGAGGCAAUCAAAGCACUGUCAGAAAAGCUGCAAAAGACGCGGGCUCAGGCAGCACCUAAGCCAAAGUUCUCUUUCAAGAAGAAGAAUGCUUCUGCCAUUUCUAUCAACGAUGCAGCGGAACUGGCGGCAAAAAAGCGUCUUCUCCAACCGAACAGCAACAUCUCAUCAGAAGUAUCCUCCUUUGCAACGACGCCAUUGACGAUGCCUCAAACGCCUGCCAAUGGACUUGCUGUCGAUGAAUCCAAACCUGCCGAAACCAAAUCGGAUGCGUCUGACGGAGUCACUGAGGGCGUGCGAAAACUCUCCUUCUCGAAAGCUGACAAGAUACACAUCUCUAACCACAGCAAAAUUCAUAUCAUGCUCCCAUCCUCGGCCAUACACGCAACAUCCGGAACUUCUGGCACGGUCACCAAUGUCCGCGACAGCGUCAUUGACAUGAGCAUAUCCGCAGCUUCUGCCUUUGCCAAUCUUACUUUGAAGAACAUCCAAGGUUCACUGAUUGUUUGCGGACAUGUUGACGGUUCUGUUCACAUCACAGGCGUCAAAGACUCUGUUUUAGUGAUAGCAACGAGACAGUUCCGCAUGCACGAGAGUAAGAACGUCAAGGUGUAUAUGCUCUGCAAAAGCAGACCAAUUAUUGAGGACUGUGAGGGCAUCGAGUUUGCAGAAAUGCCUGACUGCUAUGCCACAGAAAAGGAUCAGGAUGUCAAGAACCUGUACGACCAAGUUGACGACUUCAAGUGGCUCAAGGCAGAACAGAGUCCCAACUGGAGCGUACUGAACACGGACAAACGUAUUAAAGAUGAGAUUUGGACGGAUGUCGUACCAGGAAGCCCUAAGAGUGGUGUCGAGGAGAUUCUCAAGGCAGUUGGGAUAUGA